AGCCCAGAUCGGUUCUCUGGCUACGGAGCCGAGAUCUCCUACUGUAUUUCUCUCGUCCUCGGACAUCAACAUUGUAGCUCCUUUCAGAGUUCCCUCCCCGCAAUUAGUGACUUGCAUUGGGGCCUGGAAGAGAGAAAGGAGCAGCAUUUGCCUGCGGGAGCUCUUGAUUGCAGCCGUAUCUGGCCUUGGCGCAGCUCCUUGUCGUCCUUUUCCUCGUCGAGAAGGAAGCGCGGCCGGAUCCGGCCGAUGCAAGCAGGGGAAACCCGUCAAGGCCACUCACGCCUCUCGGGGGCUUAGAAAAGACCGUGGGCUACUCAGGGUUAAAGUUAUAUUCAGAGGAGGUGGGAGCGGCAUUCUGUGUCGCGGCAAACUCUUGCCUGAUACAGACGGCCGAGGAGGGUCCGCCUCAGUCCGACCACAAAACGCGUUUGCCGGCUCGGUGAGGAAUUGAAGCAUUUGAGAAUGGAAAAAGAUUUCCGCUACUACUUCCAGCAUCCGUGGUCUCGCUUAAUUGUGGCCUACCUGGUGAUCUUCUUUAAUUUUUUAGUAUUUGCUGAGGAUCCAGUAUCCCAUAGCCGAACGGAAGCAAACGUCAUUGUUGUCGGAAACUGCUUUUCCUUCAUAGCAAAUAAAUACCCUGAUGGAGGUGGUUGGAAGUUUUUAAAAGUGUCUUUGUGGCUGCUUGCCAUCCUAGUGGGACUUAUAACUGGCAAGUUUCUCUUCCAUCGGCGUCUAUUUGGUCAGUUACUACGGUUGAAAAUGUUUCGAGAGGAUCACGGGUCUUGGAUGACAAUGUUCUUCAGCACCAUACUUUUUCUCUUCAUCUUUUCUCACAUCUACAAUCUAUGUCUCUUUAUGGCAGGUAACAUGAGAACAUACAUUGUGACAGACUUCAUGGGCAUCAGGAAUGAAAGUUUUAUGAAAGCAGCAGCAGUGGGGACCUGGAUGGGAGACUUUGUCACAGCUUGGAUGGUCACUGAUAUGAUGCUUCAGGACAAGCCUUACCCUGACUGGGGAAAAUCUGCCAGGGCUUUCUGGAAAAGGGGGAACAUUAGGAUCAUUUUAUUCUGGACUGUUUUAUUUACUUUGACCUCAGUGGUUGUGCUGGUCAUCACAACAGACUGGAUAAGCUGGGACAAGUUGAAUCGUGGAUUUCUGCCAAGUGAUGAGGUUUCGAGAGCCUUCCUGGCUUCCUUCAUCUUAGUUUUUGACCUUCUUAUUGUCAUGCAGGACUGGGAAUUUCCACAUUUUAUGGGUGAUGUUGAUGUGAAUCUCCCAGGCUUGCCUGCUGCACAUUUUCAGUUCAGACUGCCUUAUUUUAAAACUAUUUUAAAGGAGGAGUAUCACAUACAUAUAACAGGCAAAUGGUUUAAUUAUGGGAUUAUAUUUCUUGUUUUAAUCUUGGAUCUGAAUAUGUGGAAGAAUCAAAUAUUUUACAAACCACAUGAAUAUGGUCAAUAUAUUGGUCCUGGACAGAAAAUUUAUACUGUGGAAGAUUUAGAAAGCUUAAAGGAUCUGAACAGAACCAAACUUUCUUGGGAGUGGCGGUCAAACAACACUAACCCUUUGACCAACAGGACCUAUACUGAAGAUGACAUGUUUCUGCAUAGCCGAUAUAUUGGUGCAAGCCUAGAUGUUAAAUGCUUGGCCUUCAUUCCAUCUUUAUUAGCAUUUGCUUUGUUUGGAUUCUUCAUCUGGUUCUUUGGACGUUUUCAAAAAACUGAUCAAGGCAUGGAAAAUCUUGAUAAAUCAUAUACACGAAUGAAAAGGAAAUCGCCAUCUGAUGUGGGAAUGACACGAGAGAACACACAAGUUUUAGCUGAGGAGCCUUUAAGCUCUGAAGAUCCUCAUUUGAUAGCUAUCAAGUCUGACUUGAGUGAGAUUGUCUUUAAUUCCUCACUCUUAACAUCUGAAAAUCUUAGCUCCCAUCUAGAGGAUCAGCCAAGUCCAUUGCAACCAAUAAGGGAGCCCUCUGUACCAAAGAAUAAUCCUUUACCUAAUAAGUAACAAUAUCUCUCCUGGAAAGAUCAAAACAAAGAAAUAUUGUGAAAUUUCACUGAGGUUUUUUGUAAGUGACCGUUCACAUAGUCUUCGGAACAGGAGAGAUACACCAAUGGUGCUGAACAUGCUUUUUUCUAUGCAUUGUUUUCUAUUUAUAUUGUAAUGACUGUGCCUACUGUAUUAUAGUAAACAUUCCUUUAUAGAUUGCUUCUAAAAAUUGCAAUAGUGAACUAGAUGAUUACUUGCAGGUAUAAAAUGCUACUUUGGUGGUGCCUUCAAACAUUUAAUUCAAGCAUAUAGGAGAGAUAUGUGGGUCUCCUUGUUAGGAAUUUCAAAUGUUGUUUCAAACAAAAUGAUUGGCCAGACAGUGUUUUAUCCUUUGGCUGAACAUGAUAGUCUCAUUCCAAGACCUCUUUCCUCAUCUUUAGAUAAUACAUUGUGCAGCAGCAGAGUAGACUGUUUUCUGCAGUGAUGGAGGAACCUAUGGGAGAU